AUGGAGAAGCUCGCUUUGGCUUUGAUCACGGCUUCCAGGAAAUUGAGGCCCUAUUUCCAAGCCCACACCAUACAUGUGCUAACAAACUUUCCCCUGAGGCAGGUACUUCAAAAGCCCGAUGGCUUAGGAAGAUUACUGAAAUGGGUAGUGGAGCUAAGUGAAUUUGACCUCGUGUUCAAGGCUAAGGUGGCCAUCAAGUGCCAAGCCUUGGCUGAUUUUAUGGCAGAAUUUGCCAAUUUACCCGAGGUGGAUGAAAUCAUGGAAAAUGCCGAACCCCCUACGUGGAACUUGUUCGUGGAUGGAUCGGCUAGGGACACCGGUUCGGGUGCCGAAGUUGUCCUCAUCAGCUCAGAAGGUCACAAGUUGAACUCAACUGUGAGGUUCGGGUUCAAGGUCGCCAAUAAUGUGGCAGAGUAUGAGGCACUUCUUGCGGGCCUCAAGUUAGCCAGAGAAAUGCAACCCAUCGUGGCUUACCUAAAGGGCCAGGUACUUCCCGCUAAUAAGCAGGAAGCUUACAAGCUAAAGAGGAAGUUAGCUCAUUUCCUCUUCAUCGAUGAUAUACUCUACAAGAGGAGCUUCUCCUCUCCACUCCUUCAAUGCGUGGGAGGAGAAGAGGCUACCUACAUCUUAAGGGAAGUCCACGAGGGAGGUGUGGACCUUAUAAGCCCUCUACCGAAAGGAAGAGGAGGCGCGAGCUUCGCAAUUGUAGCUAUUGAUUACUUCACGAAGUGGGUUGAGGCUGAACCAUUGGCAAAAAUCAUAGAGGCAAACACCUCCAAGUUCUUGUGGAAAAAUAUUAUAUGCCGAUUCGAGAUUCUCUAUUCAAUCGUCUCAGACAAUGGUAAACAGUUCGACAACAAGAAGGUCAGAAGUUUAUGUGAAGAACUUGGCAUCAAGAAGUACUUUUCCACACCUUACCACGCACAAGCAAAUGGCCAAGUUGAGGCUGUGAACAAAACCAUCAAACAUGUCUUCAAAAGGAAGCUUGAUGUGUCAAAAGGGGCCUGGGUAAAUGAGCUACCGCAAGUGCUUUGGGCAAUCCGAACCACAACGAGGACCCCCACAGGGGAAACACCUUUCCUCAUAGCAUACAGAACUAAAGCAAUGAGCCCUGUUGAGGUCGGACUUCCAUCUCCCCGACGUCUGCACUUCAAUGAAAUAACAAACGACGAGCUCCGGAGGUUCGACCUCGACUUCAUUGAAGAAAGAAGAGAUGACGCCUAG